UGAAAUUCGGAACGCACCCUAGCUCAUGGUGUCGUAAUCUUGUCAAAAUUAUUUUUUAUUCUUGAAUUUCUUGUUGUUGUGAAAAUAUUUCGCGUGUUAUAGGAAAAACCAGGGGAAGACAAUAACAUGGCUUCCCUUAUUAAGUUGCGCCAGAUGUCCUUGCUUCAGCGAUGUGCUCUUAACCAUGUGUACAAAACGCACUUGAAGAAUGCCAGAAGCAUUUCAACUUCUAAGAAGAACAGUGACACCGCUGCAGCAGCAUGUGAGACCAGUAAAGAAGACAAGAACUGGGUGAGCUACGGCUUCCACUACGACAACAAGACCGACGACACGAAUGUGCACAAUGCAUCUUAUUUCUUCUCCGUAACCUUGUGCAUUGUGUUUGGAGGGUUCUUCUGGACGUACGCCCCGGACGCUCACCUGAGGGACUGGGCGCAGCGGGAAGCCUUCCUGGAGCUGCGGCGCCGCGAGCAGGCCGGCCUGCCCCCCAUCGAUCCCAACUAUGUGCCUCCAUCCACUGUGUGUCUACCAUCGGAUGAAGAACUUAAAGACAUUGAAAUUAUCAUUUAAUAGGUAUCAGUCAUCUUUAAAUUAAUAUGUAAAUCUAAUAGUUAAUAGUAAAUGGUUUUUCUUUUA